CGAGCAGGCUCAUCAGUUUGUACUCCUCACAGGAUCCAAGCAGCUACAAGCUUCUCUGAACAAGGAUUUCUUUCCCCGCUCAAACCCAGGACCAAACCAACACACCAAGAUGGCCAGGAUCGUACUUGGAAUCGUUGCAGUAAUUGCAUCUUUCAUGCUGGUGGACUCGCUCACGUGCAACAAAUGCAGCUUGAGUCUUUUGGGCUACUGCAUCAGCUCUGGCACUGAGAACUGCGCAGGCAACACCACCACAUGCUUCACUGCAAAAGCUUCUUUCCCCAAACUGCCCGACUUUGCAGGCUUCAGUUCCCAGGGUUGUGGGGUCAGCAGCAUUGGUUGCAACGCGACCAGUAACGAUACCCUGCUGACCUUUUCGUACGAUAUCAAAUCCGAAUGUUGCAGCGGAGACAAAUGCAACCCCAUCAACCUGACCAGCGACGCCCCGGCCACCAAGCUGACCUUCACCGCCGCCAUUGGGGCAGCUCUCCUGGCCUCCGUGUGGGGAAGCAUGCAGUAAAAUGUCGUGCCACAACCAAACAACAGCAGCAGCCCCCCUGCUACUGAGCCUAUGAUUCUAUUUCUCAUAACUCACCUCUUGUCAUGUCAGGUUUUUGGGAUGUACAAUGACAUUAGAUACAAUCAACAUCAUGGAGGUUGAUCAAUGGAAUGAAAACAUUGUGUUGAGCAUUGAGUAUGUCGACCUGCCAUGUUGCUGUUUUGCUUUUGUUUAUUUUAAUCAAUACAUUUAUUUAUCGUUUCACUAAAAUGUUUCUUGCUGUACAAAACAGGGAUGUUGAAAUAAACAAAAUCUAAUAUUA